GACUGAGGGCUGAGGGAGAAGCCAAACCCGGCCCUUAUUGCACCAAACGCCGCUCCCGUGCCAGCUGGCACCGCCCGGGGCACGGCAGGGACCGCUCCCUGCUCCGGGAGGGGUCCUGGGCAUCACCCCCCUCCUCGGGAGCUGUUGGGGGUCGGGUCUCACCUGCCCAGGUGGGGGGCACGGGGUGUGAGCCUCUCCUUGGGGGGGACACCCUGUCCCGGGGCUGUGGCUGCUCCCAAAGCAGCGGGGUCGGGUGCCAGGCGGGCCCGGGGCUGCCCCCAGGAGCCCCCAAGUGCUGACCCUGCCUGGAAUUGCCCCAGGCCAAGCCAGGGGUACCUGGAGCACCAGGACCAGCCGGCAUUGGCCACCCCUGGGCUGGCGAGGGGGUGGAGAAGAGUCUGGAGCAAAUCCUGCGGGCUUUGGGGUGAGGUUUGCUGGGAAAACGCGGCAGGGAGUGAGGAAGAGGAGGCAGAGGCUGGUGGUGCCCCUGGGGGACCCUCCCAGCGCUGCUGGGGCUCCGUUACUCCCCUGGAAAUGCCCCUGCUCAGCCCCGGGACCUGGAACAUUUUCCAUCCGGGAUCGGCUGGGAGGGGAAGGGGCUGUGACCCCCCCAGGCAUGGCCUGAGCCCCCCAGGGCGUAGAGGGUCCCUGGGGCAGCUCUGGGCUCACCCCGGGAGUGGGACCAGGCCGGGAUGACCCCAAACCUCACCUCGGGGCCGUGCUGGAGUUUUGGGCUUUUCUGGAGGAUCCCGAGGCUCCAACGAGGCCGAUCCGAGCCGGGGGUGGGCGGGGGGGUCACAACCUCCGGAGCUGAAUUAGGAGAGCUCAUUGCCCGCAAUUAACGUUGCUCCCAGUUCACACCAGUUCACACCAGUCCCCCGGAGCGCCAGGCCCAGUCAGGGACCCGGCUGUGCCCCCGGCGCCCAGUUCUGGGGGGGUGAGCAAAGCCCCCCCCGGGACCCUCCCCCGCAGCCUCGGCCGCCCCCGGGGGUCAGGCCCGGGAGCUGUGGAGCAAGCCCGGGAUUCUGGAUUUACCAGCCCUCCUCCCACUGCGGGCAGCCUGUAAUUAGCCGCGCGCUUAAUGAGUUUUGGGGAAGUUCGGGUGCAGCCCGCCCGUGGAGCCCUCGCUGCCAUCACGCCCCUCCCUCCCUCCCCCCCCACAAAUAGCCGCAGCUCCGGGGAGCUCCGGCAUUCCCGAGCCGAUCCCGGGACUCCCGAGGGACGAUGGAGCCCUGGAUCCUCCUGCUGGGGGCAGGGAUCGCCCUGGGCUGCGUGUCCGGCCGUGAGUAACCAGCGGGGUCCCGGGGGGCGGGCUGGGGGCGCUGCCCUCCACCAGCAGCUCAGCCUUACUGGGAUAACUGGGAUGGAGCCAGCCGGGCUCCGCGGGGGAAGGGGAGGGGGAUUUUCCGUGCUGGAAAUCCAGCCCGGGGUGGGGGUGGGUUGCCUGGCCCACCAGCUGGGUCCUGGUGUGUCUGAGCCUGCUUUGGUCCUGCAAAGCUCAAGGAACCUUCUUCUGGCUCCUCCUUUCCAUUUAUCCAUGGAAAAAACAGCUUUGGGAGUUUUCCAAUCCCAAUCCCGGAUCCACCUUCCCCCUGUGGCCGCUGGGGCUGCUCAGGUGGCAAACGCAGCCCAGGGGGGCUGUGCCCGACCCCGAGGUGCCCGGGAGGGGCUCAGGGGGCUCUGGCUUUAAGGAUGGGCUUGGAGCCACCAGGAUUUGGCAGCCGGGAUCCCACGGGGGUGAGGAGGUGCUGGCAGUGCCGAGUUCUUGCACAAAGCUGUGAACCGUGAUGCCCUGGCACUGAGGACGGGAUUUCAUCACCCCCGACGCUGCCAGGAGCUCGUAUCUGAUGUCCCAGGAGAGGAUGAGUCCCCUUGGGAUGAGAGAUGAGGAGUUUUGCAAGGCCAGCUCACAGGAGAAGCUCCAAACCAGCUGGGAGCAGGAGUUUCCCAAACUCCCGAAUCUGUACACAGCCCCCGACUCGUGCGAGGGACGCUGCGGGGAGCCCUUCAGUGAGGAGGACGAGUGUCACUGUCACCCCGAGUGCCAGGCACAGCACAACUGCUGCGAGGACUACGAGAGGCACUGCGGGCCCGGUGGGGAAGGCGCCGAGGGCGGAGCUCGAACCCGCGAGGGAUUCUCCAGCAGCAGCGAUUCCAUCACGGACCGGGAGCUGCUGCAGCUCUCGGAGCAGCUCUACGGGCUGGACCACAACAAAGCCCGGCCCAACGACAUCGCCAUCAACCCGCAGCACCUGGCGGGCCCCGACGAGACCGGGGACAAGCAGGACCGGUCCCCGCAGCCGCUCUACAAAUACGUGAACGAGGAGCUCUUCUCCAAGCCCACCUACGCCAGCUUCAUUAAGCUGCUGGAUAAUUACCAGAGGGCCACGGGCAGGGAGGAGGAGGUGACGGCCGAGGAGCUGCGGGAGCAGGAGCGUUUCCUCGAGGAGGUGAUGAAAACGGAGCUGAUGAAGAAACUCUUUGUGUUCCUGCAGGGAAAAAACCGCUACAGCUCCGAGCAGGAGUUCCUGCAGGAUCUGAAGCAGAUGUGGUUCGGCCUCUACUCCCGAGGGGACGGAGAGCGCGAUUCCAGCGGCUUCGAGCACGUCUUCUCAGGGGAGGUGAAAAAGGGAAAAGUGUCUGGAUUUCACAACUGGAUCCGCUUCUACCUCCUGGAGAAGCAGGGGGUCGUCAACUACUUCAGCCACAACUUCAACGGGCCGUGGGACACGUACCCCGACGUGCUGGGGCUGCAGUUCAGCUGGGACGGCUUCUACAAGGAGGUGGGCUCGGCGUUCAUCGGCUGCAGCCCCGAGUUCGAGUUCGGCCUCUACUCCCUCUGCUUCCUCGCGCGGCCCGGCCGGGCGUGCCACCUGAGCCUGGGCGGGCACCGCCUCAGCGUGCAGACCUACCCCUGGACCAAAUCCACCUACGGCAGCGGCAGGAGGUUCAUCGCCACCGCCUACGUGAUGUCGCCCUGAGGGGACACGGCUGGGGGCGAGCACCGGGGCCGCCCCCGCGCUGCUCGGGGCCGCUCCGGCCCCACGGGAGCGGCUGCGCUGCGGGCCCGGCCCGGGGGGGGUCCGAACCCUGCGGGGAGGGGGCGAGGGGACACCCCCAGACCCCGCCGCGUGUGGCGGGCCGGGGGUCGGCAGGAGAGCGGCGGGAAGGGAAGGAUUGGGCGCGGAAAGGAGGAUCCUGAGCGGAAUAAAAGCUGCCCUGGCUGGA